CUUUGACCCACAUCUUGAAAAUCACUAAAAGUUUUUAUUUUUAAGAAAAUUACAAUGUUACACCUGACUGCGAUAAUGAACAAUCAAUUAAUGAUGUUGAAUAGAUAUAAGGGAGUAUCAAAUUCGAUUUUCCAAAAGCUGAGAAGUUUAGACAAUUGUUUUAAUCGAAAAUUCACUUCAAAUGUUCUAAAAAACUGUAAUUUUCAAACAAAUGCAAAACUAUUCAGAACAUGGGAAACAACUAUAUACAGUAGCUGCAUACAUUAUGGACAAACUAGGACUCUAACCUCAUUCUCAGGAACUGGUUUAUGUGGAUUAAAUAUUUCAAAAGUAUCCCAUCGGAACACUUCUCUUCAAAAAAGCAGUCCAUAUGUUGUGCCAUUGAGACAUAAAUCAGGUGCAAGAAAACGAAGCAAGCUUUCAAAGAGUGAAGAUUCAGACUCGGAUGUUGAAGACAAUACAGAUGAUGAUGAUGGGGAUGAAAGUGAUGUUGAUGAUGAUGUUCCUAAGGGAUACAGAGAUAUAACAGCUCAUGUUAAGUCUUUAAGAAUUGAUUCAGUUCUUGCUGCUGGACUGAACAUCUCCAAAAGCAAAAUUGAUGACUUUUUCCUCCAGAGUAAACUAAGACUGAACAAUGAAAAAGUUUUAAAAAAGGCUAGAAAGGUUUCAGAGGGAGAUGAACUUGACUUAAUACAUGAAUACAAAGAUGAUGUGAUGAAAGUAAAACGAGUGUAUAUUAAAAAAAUAUUGCCAGAAAAAACUGGAGGAGACAGAUUUGUUGUUAAGUUAAGAACUUGGAGAACUCCCAUAGAAACGGAAAACAUUGAUUAAUGAACAAUGAACAGAGUUUGUAUUUACUAUGGAAGUAGGAUAUAUUUAUUGAAACAAAACUUUAAACACAUUGCUUUGUGGUGUUGACUUGUACAGAUCUAGAUGGUAACAUAUUCAGAACAGCAUGUUUAGGCAUCAAUGGAGAAGCUAGCCUUCAAGCAACCAACCUCGCCUCCAUCAGCCUCCUUCAUUCUUGCUUCAACCUCAAUAUCUCCCUG